AUUUCAGAAACCUAUAUUGAGCUCUUUGCUGGUGUACACACUACAAUAAUGGGGGAUGAAAUUGCUGAAAUCGAUGACAUUGAAUUCGCGCAACAGAUGCUGAGCAUAAAAGAAUACAAGUGUGGUGAAGAUAAAAGCAGCGGAAUGAAAAAAGUAGAGAAGAGUCAGAAGAUUACUCUUUCUAAAUUUCCAGAAAGAAUCAUAGUUAACAUCCUAGUGAAGAUUCCACCAAGAUACAUUAAUAAGAAUGUCAUGCCUGUCUGCAAAACAUUGAAAGAAAUGUGCUUCAGAAGGUCUUUCAUUGAGCAAAAUUUCAUGGAAUCGAAAUCAGAAUUGCUAAUACAGGAAGCAGCAGGAAGGCAUAUGAAAACAAAGCUGAUAGAGAUUGGAAAAGAACUUGAAUGUGAAUCGCGUGAUCUUGGAAUAAAUCAAUUACGUAAGAUUCAUUCUAGCUGUGAUGGAUUUCUAUUGAUGAAUGAACCGUGGAUCGCUUGGAAGCUACAAGUGAUAAAUCCAGCAACAAAGUUCUGCCUCACUAUCCCUAAAUGCCCUUCAGGUUGUCAACAUACAGCUUGUAGUGCAGCUCUUGGAUUUGACUCUUCGACAAAACAGUAUAAAGUAGUGCAUGUUAUGACAGAUUCUUAUGGUUUCGAAAUAUUUAAUCUGAGCAGUGGUGAUGAACACUGGGAACGAGUCUCUGGUCCAUGGGAAGAUCCUAAUGAUCGGCCAUUUGACCCAGUUGAGUUUAACUGGAAGGAUCCAGUGUCGAUAAAUGGAAAGAUUCUGCAUUGGUAUGUUGAUUCAAGUGAAUAUAUCAUAUCGAUGCAAGUAAAUGAGGCAAAAUUCAGUAGAACGUAUCUUCCAAAAUGUGGUGAAGUGAUUAAAACGAACAAUUAUUCAUUGGUAGAGUUGGGUGGAUUUCUUUCUUUUAUCAACAGUGAUUCUGAGACAAUAAUGGAUGUUUGGAUUUUGGAGGAUUUUCAAGGGCAAGUUUGGUCGAAGAAACAUAGAAUCGUGGCAGAGUCGAUAAAUUAUAUCUGUCCAUACAAAUCAGCAAGACAGAAUGAGAGAACAAUGCCAGAACUUGGGAAACUUGUCGUUGUUGCUGGAGCGAGGAGGAAUGGUGAAGUAUUGAUUCUUAAGCAUAAGAAGAACUCUAGCGGAUACAUAUAUGACACAAAGAGUAGGGUGAUGAAGAUUUUCAGCAGUAACAUGAGGAACCUAGAAUCUUUUGUACCGCACAAGGACAGCCUCUUUAGUAUGAGGAGGAUCUCCUAGUGUCAUGGUUUAAUUCAGAACAGCCUUCUAUCUAACUUAGGUUCGCGAACAGGAGUAGGAAGACUUCAACUUCGAUUUUUGAAUUGUAUGUUAGUUGCUCGUACUUUGUCUAGCGUUAAUAGUGAGUUUUUCUUGCUUAUACAGUUAAUACUUAUGCAUUUUAUACUUGAGUUGCUUCUUUGA